UUAGCCAAGAUGGCGGCGCUCAUGUCCUUGAUGGUCAGGACCAGGGGAGGUCUUCUGUUUCCUGCUUCUCGGCCCCCUCUGGUGGACUCGGUGAGGUUUGCAUCCAAAAAAUCUGGAGGCAGCAGCAAGAACCUUGGAGGAAAGAGUCCUGGGAAGAGAUAUGGCUCCAAGAAACUGGAUGGCGACUUCGUCCAUGCUGGUAACAUCCUGGCAACACAGCGGCUGAUGAGAUACCACCCGGGAGCACACGUGGGAAUGGGAAAAAACAACACGCUGUACGCUUUAGAGGACGGCCAGGUCAGGUUCACCAAGGAGGUCUACAUCCCGCCGCCUCGAAGCCCCGAGUCCACCCAGGUCAUCACCAAGCUGCCCCGAGGAGCCGUGCUCUACAAAACCUUCAUCAACGUCCUUCCUGUCAAACAGGAGGGAAAGUUCAAGCUGGUGGAAAUGGUGUGAAAAUGGACUGACUCUCAUUCCGCUCCGGAGCAAGGAGGACUUGAUGUUUUGGUUUCUAGAGGCCGUCAGAGACAUUUCCACUGGAGAUCACCCCAUGAUGCCGUCUGCUCGAACCCCUGGGGAAAAGUCCCAGAUGGACGUGAAAGGCUAAUGUACAUAGCAGUAAUAUUGUGAAGCCACUGAUGUAAACCGUAUUAAAGUUUUCUAUGAGUAAGUGUCA